CUAGAAGCUCAUUGCAUUUCUGAAAGAACCCUAGACGUUUCUCAAAUUAACUUCCAAAAUGACGAUAGUAGAGAUGUGUGUGCACAUGGACUGUGCAGGUUGCGAGAACAAGAUAAGGAAAGCUCUUAAAAAAUUACGUGGAGUUGAUAAUGUUGACAUAGACAUGGGCAUGCAAAAGGUAACAGUGAUGGGUUGGGCAGAUCAAGAGGAGGUCUUGAAGAAAGUAAGGAAGACUGGUAAGAGGGCAGAGCUGUGGCCAUAUCCAUAUAACCCUGAAUACCAUGACUUCACUCGCCAUUACGGCAAGAAUGUUGAAAACGAUUCCUACUUUGCAUCUUCUAAGUCCUCCUCUUCUUACAACUACUACAAGCAUGGAUAUAGUUAUGCUGAAGACUUUGGCUAUUACCGAAAGCCAGUUGGUGCAACAAUGAUUAAUGACAAGGCCAUGACCAUGUUCAGUGAUGAGAAUCCUCAUGCUUGUACUAUAAUGUGAAGCAUGUAUUAAUUAAGAGAUGAGCUUUGAUUUUGCCUUUUUCUGUUUAUAUAA